AUGACUCCUGGGGAGCUGGCCCUGGCCCGUGGCAACUAUACCCCCGUUACCAAGUUCAUCCUCCUGGGAUUCUCCAACUACCCGAACCUCCAGGAGCUUCUCUUCGGAGCCUUCCUGCUCAUUUAUGUGGUAACAGUGGCAGGCAACCUGGGGAUGAUGGCCCUCAUCUUCACCGAUGCCCGUCUCCACUGUCCCAUGUACUUCUUCCUCAGUGUCCUCUCCUUCCUUGAUAUCAGUUACUCUUCUGUGGUCACACCCAAGCUCCUGGUCAAUUUCCUGGCCUUGGACAAGUCCAUCUCCUUCGCAGGCUGUGUGGUCCAGCUGACCUUCUUCGUGGUGCAUGUGACAGCCGAGAGCUUCCUCUUGGCCUCCAUGGCCUACGACCGCUUCAUGGCCAUCUGCCGACCCCUCCAUUAUGGCACUGUCAUGACCAAAGGGACCUGUCUCCAGCUGGUGGCUAUUUCCUAUGCAUUUGGUGGCACCAACUCCGCCAUCCAGACCGGGAAUGUCUUUGUACUGCCCUUCUGUGGGCCCAACCAGGUGGCACAUUUCUUCUGUGACAUCCCACCCCUGAUGCACCUGGCCUGCACCCACACAGACAAGGCAGAAGUGAUCCUCUUCAUCUUCUCCGCCCUGGUGACCAUCCUGCCAGCCGUGAUCAUCCUCACCUCCUACAGCUUGGUGCUGGUGGCCAUCGGGAGGAUGCGCUCUGCCGCGGGGCGGGAGAAGGCCCUGUCCACGUGCGCUUCCCACUUCAUGGCCAUCACCAUCUUCUAUGGCACAGUGGUGUUCACCUAUGUCCAGCCACAUGGCUCCAGCAGUGAGGUCUAUGGUCAGGUGGUGUCCGUGUUCUACACCAUCAUAAUCCCAAUGCUCAAUCCAUUCAUCUACAGCUUCCGGAACAGGGAGGUCCAGGACGCCAUGCGGAGAAAGCUCCGAGCCCUUUUCCCCUGCUGA